AUGACGAAAACCAAAGGUCGUGGAGGGAAAAGGUCUAGGGCGAAUCGUACUUGGAAGGACGAUGACGCGGGCGGUGAACAGUCAGAGAAAUCCAAGGCCGCGGAAGCAAAUUAUGUGGCCAGCGCAGGUAUCAGUACUGGCGACAAAGCUGGGGGGCCGUCGCCAACCUUCGAUACAGAGCGGUUAGCGGAGGAGUAUGAUGUGGCGGGCAGUUCAGUCGCAACUUUGGGCAAACCCGCGGACCGAUUGCCUACCCUCGACACGGCGGCUUUAGCGGAGGAGUACAACAUUGGGAGCAGCCCUCCAAAGCUCCCGCAAACUGCUGUGGACACUGCGUUAUUGGCCGCGGACUAUGACGUUUGCAGCAGCCCAUCGAUCAGCGCCGCGAAGUACGAUACUGCCGCCCUAGCUGCCGAUUACCAUGUCGGUACCUCACAGCAAACAGGAAUAACAGCUGAAGGACCCAAAUCCCCAAUCGAUUCUUCCGCGGCCGCCUUGGGAGAGACAUCUGACAACUUGAACACCAACACUGCUAUCCUCGCUAGGGAAUAUUUUGACGAUCCAGUUCACGCAGAAAUUCCUUUGAUGUGGGACCCCUUCAUGUACCAGGAGAAUGCUGAGGAUUUUGCCUUGGAUGACUUUCGCCAAUCUUCUGUGGCUGCAAGUGAUGAUGAGAUGGAUGGAGGGGAAUGUAGUGAUGUUACCCUGGUCGGUAUUCGCGCCAGAUGUCGGGAGUCACUAUGGACUCCUAUAUCGCAGAGAAAUUGA